UUCGCUCUCGCAUUUGCCGAAAAUCUGGGCUUCCGACGACCUCUGCAGAUAUUUUUUCGGUUGAGAUCGGUUUUACCGCUCUUCCACGAAAAUUGGCUGUACGGUUCUCGAUUUAAUCUACCAUUUUCAAGUUUCUUGGGGCCUUUGGUUUCCACUAUGGCUGGUGAAAACGUGAUAACUGCAAAUGGCAAUGGAAAUGUGCAAACUAUUCCGCAGAGGACUUAUCAAGUUGUUGCGGCUGCAACCCGGGAUAUGGGUAUUGGUAAAGAUGGAAAACUGCCUUGGAGAUUGCCUUCUGAUCUCAAAUUCUUUAAGGAAAUCACCAUGACAACUUCGGAUACUGGAAAAAAGAAUGCUGUUUUAAUGGGUAGGAAAACAUGGGAGAGUAUUCCUCUUGAGCACCGGCCUCUGCCUGGCCGCCUUAAUGUUGUUCUGACCCGUUCUGGGAGUUUUGAUAUCGCCACAGCAGAGAAUGUGUUGAUAUGUGGCAGCAUGGCUUCCGCUUUGGAGUUGUUAGCUGCUUCCCCAUACUGUUUGUCCAUUGAGAGAGUGUUUGUUAUUGGGGGUGGUCAAAUUCUUAGGGAAGCUCUCAACGCAUCUAGCUGCGAUGCAGUUCACAUUACUGAAAUUGAGACCAGCAUUGAAUGUGACACUUUCAUUCCUGCCAUUGAUUCUUCUGCAUUUCAGCCCUGGUAUUCGUCGUUCCCUGUAGUGGAGAAUAAUAUCCGUUUUUCGUUCACUACUUAUGUCCGUGUGAGAAGUCCUGCUAUUGAAUCCCCCAACGAGAACGGUGAUCUGGCAGUUGAUAGUGAGCCGGAUUUCAGUAAAUUUGAGAUAAAGAAGUUUUUUUUCCUGCCCAAGAUGAUUUUUGACAGACAUGAGGAGUAUGUAUAUCUUAGACUUGUUCAAGAUAUCAUCUCGGAUGGGAUUUCUAAAGAUGACAGGACAGGGACUGGUACUUUUUCAAAAUUUGGUUGCCAGAUGCGGUUCAAUCUGCGGAAGUCUUUCCCGCUUCUUACGACUAAGAGAUUAUUCUGGCGAGGGAUCGUUGAAGAACUUCUGUGGUUCAUAAGUGGUUCUACAAGUUCUAAGGUCCUUAAGGAUAAAGGUAUUAGUAUAUGGGACGGCAAUGGAUCUAGAGAGUACUUAGAUGGCAUUGGUUUGAAAGACAGGGAAGAGGGUGACUUGGGGCCGAUUUAUGGGUUUCAGUGGAGACACUUUGGUGCUAGGUAUACUAACAUGCAUGCUGACUACACUGGCCAAGGGUUUGAUCAGUUGUUGGAUGUUAUUAACAAGAUAAAAAACAAUCCAGAUGAUCGACGUAUAAUACUCUCAGCAUGGAACCCUUAUGAUCUCAAACUUAUGGCACUCCCACCUUGCCACAUGUUUGCUCAGUUCUAUGUGGCCAAUGGGGAGUUAUCAUGUCAGAUGUAUCAGCGAUCUGCAGACAUGGGCCUGGGCGUACCAUUUAACAUUUCUUCGUAUGCACUUCUGACAUGCAUGAUUGCUCAUGUUUGUGGUUUAGUUCCAGGUGAUUUCAUCCAUGUUCUUGGGGAUGCUCAUGUUUACCGCAAUCAUGUGAGGCCUCUAAAGGAGCAGCUUCAGAGACUGCCAAAGCCUUUUCCUAUUUUGAAGAUCAAUCCUGAGAAAAUGGAUAUAGAUUCUUUUGCGGCCGAAGAUUUCAAACUCAUUGGUUAUGAUCCACACCCAAAAAUAGAAAUGACAAUGGCUGUAUAGAGCGUUCUUGAGUGUAAGGGGAACGAAGAGACUCUAGUUUCUAUGUUCAGACAACACUUGCUCUUUGUUUUCAG